AUGUCUUUGCCGGCGCCGUCUCUGCUGGCCCAGCUGCCUCAGCCACUGGCCAAUGCCGGCGGGAAGAUCCAGUUUGGAGAGGUACAUGGCAUCCAGGGCUUCAAGAAGCGCAAGCGUCAUGAAAUCACGGCCGCGAUCGAUGGGGAGGGAGUAAACAUAUACAAUGCCCAAUUCCCCAAACUUGUCACCUCCUAUGCCAUCCCACCUCAGGCGUCACACUCUUGUCCACCGUGCUCAAUACGACAGAAGCUAUCGGCGACCUCGGGGACCAAGAGACAGACAUAUUGCGCCGUGGAAACGACAGGGAAGGAAAUCAAAUGUUUCGUUGACGAGGUAGUUCCAGGUCGAAGCACACCAAACAUAUCAACCGUCUCUUUUCCAAUAAAAGACACAGGCAGCAAUCCAGUCUUUGUCGGAGUUAUUCCUACCGAGGGAUCAACUGGCGAAAGCUCUGAUGCUUUCGACGUCGUCGUGGCCCAUCGAGACGGCCGAUUGAGGAGGCUAUCUCCGGACCUGAAGACCGAGAGAUGGACCAUUCGCUCAGACAAUACCUGGUCUGGUCGUGAGAUCGCCGCCUGUUUUACAUUGGGGUUCGAAGAUGCUCGUAAACUCCUAUUCCGAAAACGUGAAGAUAUCGUCGCUUCGGUGUUGGGAGAUAGACUUGGGACUGACCCGGAUAAUUCUACUAUCUUGGUAUUGGUUUCUCGUCCUACCGGAGCUGAUACGUUCGAGCUUGGCGAUGUGCAAAUCGUUUUCUACUCCAUUCCUGCUCAUAUCCAAGUAGAUGGCAUUCAGACGCGGACCUCCGAACCUCUAAAGCAUCUCAUGACUUUGAAUCUGCCUGCGCAUCCAAAUCAGAGUUUACUAACUGCCCUUGACGGCCAGUGGAGUACCAAUUUUUCCUCUGGGGAGUUGUCACUCUCCUGCAAGUCUGGAUUCAUAAGCUUCGACAUCACUCAGUUCUCCCCUAAGAUAUCCUCCCAUGUUAUAAUAGAGGAUGAAUGCUUUUCCUCGAUCUUGCGCAUAUCUUCCCAGUCUAUCAUUGCCGGAGGUAAAUCUACCCUUUCAGUAUAUGAUGCGCAGUAUCAGUCACUCCAGGCGGAACUGCCAUUAAGCGAGAUCCCCAGGGCUACUUCAGGCAAGAAGCAAGGCCGUAAGCGGGCACUUGAGUUUAUAUCUCAUUUUUCCAAGCUGGAUGUAUUGGUCGCAGCAUAUAGCGGUAGCUUAUACAGCUUCGAUCUUGCUGCUAUCCAAAAUGACCGCCAUAUUUCUCGCAAACGACCACGCAGGAGCCUUUUAAUUGACUCGAUAGGCAAGGGGAUCAAGUUAGAAGGGGUGGAGGCCAGCCGACAGCAAAUCGAAGAAUCAGCUUUGAAGCAUAUGCAACCGGUUGGACUUACGCAGGAGAAACUCGCUAUGCAAUGGAACGAGUUAAAGUUGGAGCUUGAUGAACUUGCUAGAUCGAAAAAGGGGUCUGGGUUUGAUGCCGUCAUGAUAUCAAAAUUCUGGAAGCUGUCAAAGACGUGUGAAGAGGAAGCUGACGGAUCCCCGCCAGACGGGCCGUUUAUUGACCCUGAAAAAAUUAAAUUUGUUCUUUCGAGGAUAUUCUCUUUGAAGCCUGUUGGUGGUGAUUCAACGUCCCUCAAGCUCAUUUUGUCCUUUAUGCCCAGCAAGACCUUCAAAUGGCUCGUUAGCUCAAAACACCUGAGCAUCACCAACAUCCAAGCCUCUCUCCGACGCACUGCGGCUCCAUACGGUCUUCCUAAAAUUCCAGACGGUGCUUUAGUCAAGGCCCUAGGAUCCCACGACCCAUCUCUUCACUCCUUGCUUCUGUUGCUACGUGGUCCGGGAUACUUGGAGGCUAAUGAGCUGGCACACGCGCUUUGCGAACUUCUUAAGGUCGCUCGACUUCAUACUAAUGUUUCCGAAGACUCCCAAAAAUCGCUCGCGGAAGCUGCUCAUGACGAAACUACCGAAAACGCAAAUGAGACGUCUGUAGAAAAACAAACGCCAGCCUCAAGCACCAUCCUUAUCAAGGCAAUUGCAGGCCUGAAUCUGGCUCUCAUAAAACUGCACACUCAUCCACUAAAUCACAUAACCAAAUCUAUCCGCUCCACCCUUUCAAAUACUGACGUUCUUUCAAUAAUUCACCACCUUCGCCACUCCCUUGCAACCGGUGGUCAUACCUCACGUUUCACGGAAGAGCCACCAGCCGCAUUUUCAAGCCCAAAAAUCCCUUCCUUGUCUCUCCCAAUUAUUGUCGACAUGCUUACCGCGUGUAUCGAUGCUGUUGGGCCUAGUGGAUGGAUAUCAGCGGCCGGAUUUGCUGGUACAGCAGGGAGUGAAGCAUCUUUGAUAGCCGAUAUGAAGAGUGAAAUUGCUGCCACUCUUGCUGCAAUCGAUGAAGCUACGUAUCUGAAGGGGAUACUACGCGAGUUCAUAAGGUGUUGCGAAACGUCCGCUGCCAUGCCCAAAGCCCAGCGUGCUAUUAGCAACACUACGGCUUCAAAAACUCAAUCCAUAGAUAAUAAACGACUCAAGAGAAAAGAACGCCACAAUGGUGCUCAGAUCCUAGUUUAUGAUACCCCUGAAAAUUCAGUUGGAGCGGAAGGCAGUGAUUCAAAGAUGCUGCCAUUGUCUCUCAAAAUGAGUGGCACUCAAUCUAGUGUCGGCGGUGUCGGCGACGAGUUGACCAAGAACAAGAUACACAAAGCAACUGGCGAGGUGAAACCCAGAAGCAACCGCGAGGUUGCCCACCUGAAGCACAAGGCAGUUGGCAAGUAUUCUUUUGAGAGAAUUAUUAUUUAG